AUGCCUACAAUUCUUCCUCCAGAAAUUCUUGAAGAAAUAUUUGAAAAUUUAGAUCAUGACAAAACAGCACUACAUUCAAGUCUUCUUGUCAACCGUUCUUGGUGUAGGAAUGUCGUACCUAUAUUAUGGAGACAACCUUUUAGAUUAUUGAAUAAACCUUCUGUGAAGCUUGUUCAAACUUAUAUAAUUAGCGUUUUGGAUCGAUCAUCAUCGGAAAAUGUUCAACAAAAAAUGUUAAUUAAAUGUAUCAAAGAUUUAUCUCAACCAUUCUUUAAUUAUCCAAUAUUUUUAAAGAAUUUAAGAACGAUAACGUUAACGCAAGGCAUUAAGAGUUGGGUUCAAGGAAUAGAUAUUCAUUUUGAUAAUGAACUAGAUGGAAUAUUUUUUAAUAAAGUUCAAAUUGUUUGUUAUUUAUAUUCAAUACUUAUUAAAAGUUUUACAUCUGUACAAACUAUCCUUCAUUGUUCUCUAGAUCAUUUUCCAACGUUACGUAAACACGUCAAAUUUCUACCAGAAUAUCCAAAGUACUUGCGAUCUUUACAUAUCGAAAUUAAAUAUGAUGAUGAUAUUUUAUCGUAUUUAACUCAAAUAUGUUGUAAUACCUUAGAAGAAAUAUGGAUCGGUCCCUUAAAUUCUGGUGUACAUCUUAAUGAUUUGGCAAAUUUGAUUCGACUUCAAAGUUCAUUAAAAGAUUUUCGACUUUAUGGACCACGAUGUGAAUGGCUUGUGGUUACAAUUGAGAUCAUAUCAGCUUUAUCUACUCGACAUCAAACUCUUCACACCAUUAGAUUUUCGGAGUGUAACUUUCCAUGUCAUAACCUUUUUGAUUAUUUGGGAGAUUGUCAAAAUUUAAAAAAUUUAGAAUUUCAUAAUUGUGAUUUUCCUGAAGAUCAAAUUUCAUGGUGUAAUGUGAAUUUUCCUAAUUUGGAGAUUCUUUCAUUUGUUGGGGUGGUAUAUUUAGAUGUGGAAAAAGUUGCAACAAUUAUCAAAAAUAGUAAAAGGAAUUUAACAAAAGUUUUCUUACCAUGUAUGACACCACAAGAUGAUUUAACAAGGUUCACAGAGAUUCUGGUGAAUUGUAAGGACGUUACAUGUUUUGCAUUUUGGGCUAAUAUAGAUGCAGAAUUAGAUGUGGCUUUUUGCGCAUUAGAAUCUUUUAAUAAGUUGGAAUGUUUAUCAAUUGAUAGCGAAGAUGGUUUAAUUCUUAAUUCUGAUCAACUUUACAAACUCGGAAAAGUUUUGACACCGACCUUGCGACAUCUUGAACUUUGUGUUGAUACGUCAGCAGAAUCUUUUGAGCAAUUCUUGUUAAAUUUAACAGCACAACUUGAAUCUUUAACACUAUCAUGGUGUCCUAAUAUAAGCGACGAACAUAUUAAAGUUAUUAUAAGAUAUGCGCGAAGAAAUCCAAAGUUAAGAUAUGUGGCUUUGGAUGAUGAUAGAAGUGCAAAUCUGAGUAGUGUGAUCCGUGAUGAAGCUCUUCAAGUUAUUCCUUCUUUUCGAAUAGAAAGUAUUGAUUCUUGUGAAGUUAUCAGGGCAUGGUUUGAUGAUUCAAUAUAUCUGUUAAACGAGUGA